AUGCCUCCCCUCCACAUACUAGUACUCGGGCUUCUCCUCUUGCACACUCCUCCUUGGUGCUUCACUGCUGCUGCAGAUGAAGACACACUCUUAGCAGGCCAAUCGCUCACCGCUGGCGACAAGCUCGUCUCGAGAAACGACAAGCUCGCGGUCGGCUUCUUCCAGCCAGCAGCGAGCAGAAUCGGUAAGUCAUCCAACAAUGCCACCUCCCCCAGCUCCAGCUGGUACCUUGGCAUGUGGUUCAAUAAGAUCCCGGAUUUCACUCUUGUGUGGGUUGCCAAUAGGGAGGAGCCCAUCACCCACCCCAACCUCAACUUAACACAGCUCAAGAUCUCAAGCGACGGUAAUCUUGUCAUUGUCGUAAACCAUGCUGAUACCUUCACCGAAUCCGUUGUUUGGUCCACUCACAUUGUCAAUAGGACAAAAACCACAAACACUAGUGCCCUUGUUCUCUUGAACAAUGGGAACCUUGCCCUCACAUCUGAAAAGAAGAGGUUCUGGUAG